GGAGGUGCUGCUGGGAUUCAAAGAGACACUGCAACGGGAGCUGGGGAGUGACACAGCCAUCCCGAUGAUGAUUAAUUUCUGGGAAACAUCCUCAGCAGAAUUAUUUGAAGGUGUUGCACCAGACAGUAAAGGCACAGAGGCAGUGGAUUGUGGGAAAGAGGGCGGCAGAGUAAUGCCCACCUGUGGCUCCAGAUUUUCCCACCCUCCCACGGGACAGGGAAGGGAACUGGCUGUAGUGGAGCCAGUCCAGGGGCCAGUGACCUUCGAGGAGGUGGCUGUGUAUUUCACCAGGGAAGAGUGGGCUCUGCUGGACCCCCGUCAGAGAGCCCUCUGCAGAGACGUCAUGCAGGAGAACUAUGAGAAUGUGACCUCGCUGGGUAAGGAUUCCCGUCCCCUCCAUUCUAAGAAGGGGAGAUGAAGAGUUAAGGUUCACGCCACCCCCACAAUGCCACCUCUGCUCUGCCCUGUCUCAGCAAUAGCCCAUUGAGAGCAUUGAAAUGGGGCAGACUAGGUCCCUCAGGGUUCACAUGCACCUUGCUUCAUAUCACAGUCACAGCUCUGCCAAGCUGCUCCAACUCCUCCCUCCACCAUCCAGUUACAGCUACAGCUAACCCAGAGCACACAGCUGGAGGCAUGUGGAGAAAUGCUGGUAUUCCCAUCUCUGAACACAACACAAACAAUGGCACGUUCCUAGUCCUUCAUAGCUAUAUUGGAAUCAUAGAUUUUAUGGCCAGAAAGGGCUAUUAGGUCAUCUAAUCUGACCUCCCGUAUAACCAGGUCAUAGAAUUUCACCCAGUUACUGCUGUACUGAGCUGAAUACCUUGUGUUGGACUCAAUACGCCCCUAGAAAGGCAUCCACUGCAACUUGAAGACUUCAAGAAAUGGAGAAACCUCCACUUCCUUUGUUAGUUUCUUAACCUUUGCACCAGUCUUACUGAGCCAUUCCUGCAGGGCCAGGGGCAGAGUUACGGUUGCAUUUAAGGGGUGGUGUGUAUAUUAACUCUUCCUCUUCUGGUUUUCAGAGGUUUAAGUUUAGCCACCACCCACCUAGUGCAAAGGCAUGAAGCAGAACUGGGAAACCUGUACUCGGUAUUGAUGUAGGUUAUGGGCAUUUAAUUUCCUUAUUUUUUAAUAGACUUUUUCA